AUGGAUGCUGUGAGUGAAAAAGAGGAUGGCAGCCCAGAAGAGACUCAGACUCCCAACUUUGUGUUACCAUCUACACCUGAUAAACCCUUCAAAUCUCAAUUCAGUCUGACAAGAUGCAGGUGUCUGAGAGUGAGAGGAGGUUGCCAAGUUUCAAAGGGUAACUUAGCUCAGCACAAUGAAGUCUGCUCUCACCACAGGAGCUCUUGCAGCAGCGUGCCGGAGACGGGGAGCAGAAUGCUGGAGAAAAUUCAGAAGAUGCUCACGAUUCAAAACAAGACCAUCAGGGAGCUGCUGGCAGAAGCUCUGGGGAUGUUCAUCCUGAUGCUCAUUGGCUUGUCUUCUGUUGCUCAAGUGAUUUUAGGACGAGGAGAAUUUGGGCAAUAUUUCAGCAUCAAUUUGGGAUUUGGCAUUGGUGUCACCUUGGGGAUACAUGCAGCUGGAGGAAUCUCCGGUGCUCACCUGAAUGCUGCCAUUACCCUCACACAUUGCCUUUUAGGAAGCCUCUCCUGGAAAAAGCUCCAAUUUUAUGUGCUUAGCCAGUUCCUGGGCUCCUUUCUGGCAGCAGCUACUGUUUUUUGCAUCUAGUAUGAGGCGUUGUAUGACUACACCAAGGGCAACUUUACAGUGACUGGUCCAAAUGCCACGGCGGGGAUCUUCUCCACUUACCCUGCUCCCUAUAUGUCCUUGAUGAGAGGCUUCUUUGUGGAGUUUAUAGCAACAACAACGCUGUUCUUGGGCAUUCUAGUCAUCCACGAUGAGAAAAAUAAUGCAGCCCUGAAGGGGACACAGGCCCUGCUGACAGGUAUCCUGGUCCUAGGAAUUGGCCUGUCGAUGGGGAUGAACACGGGCUACUCCAUGAACCCUUCCAGGGACUUGCCCCCCAGGGUCUUCACUGCCAUUGCUGGCUGGGGAAUGGACGUCUUCACGGCUGGACAGGGCUGGUGGUGGAUCCCACUCGUAGCCUCACCACUGGGAUGCCUUUUUGGUGCUUUAAUCCACAAACUCUUUAUCGAUCUUCACAAUCAGCCUGUCCUGGAGAGUGAAAAUGAGAAAAAACAGCCAGGCAUGGAGGUUUCUAGGAUGUGA